GGAAAGACAAAGAAGAUGUGGUUGUCCCAACAUCGGGGGGCAGGUACGACGUGUACCUGAAGAAGAGGCAGCGCGUCGCCGUGUACUGGGAGGAGGAGGUGUCUGAAGUGCGCCGCUGCACCUGGUUUUACAAGGGAGACAAGGACAAUAAGUAUAUUCCCUACUCAGAGUCCUUCAGCGAAGAACUGGAGGAAGCUUACAUGAUUGCUGUGACUUUGGAUGAGUGGAAGAAGAAACUGGAGUCCCCUAACAGGGAAAUCAUUAUCUUGCACAACCCAAAGCUGAUGGUGCACUACCAUCCAGUUGCCAUCUCCGAUGACUGGGGCUCAACCCCUACAGAACAAGGUCGACCUCGGACUGUGAAGAGAGGAGUAGAAAACAUCGCUGCUGAGAUUCCCAAUGGAGAGCCGCUGCAAAUCGAUCACCUGGUUUUCGUAGUGCACGGGAUCGGCCCCGCGUGCGACAUUCGCUUCAGGAGCAUCGUCCAGUGCGUGAAUGACUUCAGGAAUGUUUCCCUGAGCAUGCUGCAAGCUCACUUCAAGAAAGCCCAGGAGCAGCAGCAGAUCGGCCGGGUGGAAUUCCUGCCUGUGAACUGGCACAGCUCCCUCCACUCCACCGGGGUGGACGUCGACCUGGAGCGAAUCACUUUGCCGAGCAUCAAUCGCCUGCGUCACUUCAUCAACGACACCAUCCUGGAUGUUUUCUUUUAUAACAGCUCCACCUAUUGCCAAACCAUCGUGGACACGGUGGCAUCAGAAAUGAACCGUCUGUACCAGCUCUUCCUGCAGAGGAACCCCCUCUUCAGCGGGGGGGUCUCCAUUGCAGGGCACAGCUUGGGGUCGCUCAUUCUGUUUGAUCUCCUGACAAACCAGAAAGCUGCUCCCGAGGAGGACGAGCACAGCGAUGAGGGGUCCAGGACAACCUCAAGCAACAGGGGUAUUGAGGAAGUAAAAGAAAUCCUGAAGAAGCUGGAGCUGUCUGAAUAUUGUGAUGUUUUUGAGAAGGAGAAAAUGGACAGGCAGGCACUGUUGUUGUGCACAGAAAAAAACCUUAAAGAAAUGGGAAUUCCCUUAGGACCAAGAAUGAAGAUACUUCAUUACAUCAGCUCCAAGACAGAGACGCAGGACCAGAGCACAGCAGCUCCUGGGCACAGCGGGGAGCACGGAGCUGAGCCCGGGUCCCCAUCACAGCACGACCCAGCCAGCACAGAUGAUGGCAGGAAUUGCCAAUACCGGGACAUUGGCUUAGGACAGGUCUCAGCAAACUACCCUCAGCUAAACUACAAGCCCACCAUCUUCUUUGCUUUUGGGUCUCCCAUUGGGAUGUUUCUCACGGUGCGAGGAGUGAAGCGGAUCAACCCAAACUACAGCCUGCCCACCUGCAAAGGCUUCUUCAACAUUUUCCACCCCUUUGACCCGGUGGCAUACAGGAUUGAGCCCAUGAUCGUCCCAGAUCUGGAGUUUGAGCCCAUGCUGCUGCCUCACCACAAGGGCAGGAAGAGGAUGCACCUCGGUAAGGGAACGCACAGCCCCUCUCCCCCUGCCCAGGGCAGCUGCUGCAGCCCCCAGCCCAACACCACCCGGCCCCCGCUGCCAGCCGUGGAGGCAGCGAGCACCGACGCCGAAGCAGAGGCAGAGUCCAGCGUGGAGAAGCAGCCAGACACGAAGCCAGACGAGACCCCCCCCGCAGCAGUGAAGGAAGAGGCCCCUCUCAUUAAUGUGGGGAGGCUGAAUGGAGGGAAUCGCAUAGACUACGUGCUGCAGGAGAAGCCGAUAGAGAGCUUUAACGAGUAUUUAUUUGCACUACAAGGGCAUCUCUGCUACUGGGAGUCAGAAGACACCGUUCUGCUGGUUCUGAAGGAGAUCUACCAGACACAAGGCAUUACACUGGAUCAACCUUUGCCAGGCAGCCAGUGA